AUGGAACACCACGAGAAGUUCGAGGCCGACGUCGACGAUCGGUCGUCGGUCGCGGAGCACCCUUCAGCCGCCUAUGAUCGCGAGGCCCAGUUGGAGGCGUCGGGUCUUCAUGACACCAUCGAGCUCGAACGCAUCAACACCUACCGUCUCCAGCAGCAACUCACGGUCGGGUCCCGGGUCAGUCGCACGCCGCAAGACCAAUGGCUGCCCCUCGGCGCGGGGAAGCCCUACCCUCCUCCUCUCCCCGACUCCGAGGGCUACAUCGUGGAGUUCGAGGGCGCCGGUGAUCCGAUGCACCCCCACAACUGGCCCAUGAAGCAAAGAGUCAUGAUCGGCUCGAUGCUAACGUUCUGCGCCCUGGUGUGCGCCUACGUCAGUGCGGUCUUCGCCACCGCUGCAUCGGGGGCCAUGAGAGAGUUCGGGUUCGGGGAGGAGGUCGCGGCCCUGGGGACGACUCUCUACGUGCUGGGCUUCUCGGCCGGGCCAACGGUAUGGGCGCCCAGUUCUGAGCUGAUCGGCCGGCGCUGGCCGCUCUUGAUCGGCAUGUUCGGCUUCGAUGUCUUCACCAUCGCGUGCGCCACAGCCAAGGACACGCAGACCAUCAUGCUGUGCCGCUUCUUCUCCGGCUUCUUCGCAGCCAGCAUCAUCGCCCUGGUGCCCGCCACCCUGUCGGACAUCUUCAACAACCACCAGCGCGGCAUCGCCAUUGCCAUGUACACAGUCUCCGUCUUCACCGGUCCCUUCACGGCCCCGUUCAUCGGUGGCUUCACCGCAGAGAGCUACCUCGGGUGGCGGUGGACGCUCUACAUGCCCGCCAUCGUGGGGUUCUUCGCUCUUGCGCUGAUAGCCCUCUUCACUCGGGAAACCUACGCGCCCGUGAUCCUCGUCCAGAAGGCCGCCAUCCUCCGGCGCCAGACGCGCAACUGGGGCAUCCACGCCCGCCAGGACGAACUCGAGAUUGACUUCCGCGAACUAGUCACCAAGAACCUGGCGCGUCCGUUCCUGAUUCUCUUCACGGAGCCUAUCGCAUUCAUGCUCACCCUGUACAUGUCAUUUAUCUACGGCCUGGCCUAUGCGCUGCUAGAGGCAUACCCGAUCGUGUUCGAAGGCACCUACGGCAUGGUCGGCGGGGUCGCAGGGCUGCCUUUCAUCGGCCUGAUCCUCGGAGAAAUCGCCGGUAGUAUCUUCAUCAUCUCCCUCCAGGGAUCCUACUCGCGGAAGCUCAACGCCAACAAAAACGUGCCGGUGCCGGAAUGGCGUCUCCCGCCCGCCAUCGUCGGCGGCGUGGCCUUUGCCGGGGGUCUAUUCUGGUUCGGAUGGACGGGCUGGGACCGGUCGAUCCACUGGAUGGCGCCCACGGCCGCGGGCGUGCUGGUCGGCUUCGGAAUGACCUCCAUCUUCAUGCAAGGGUUCAACUACCUCCUGGACACGUAUCUGAGAUUCGCUGCCUCCGCGUUCGCCGCCAACACCAUGAUGCGAUCCAUGGUCGGAGCCGUAUUCCCCCUGUUCACCCGCCAAAUGUUCGACAACCUGGGCAUCCAAUGGGCCGGUACUCUGCUGGGCUGCAUUGCCGUCGUGAUGAUUCCCAUCCCGGUUAUGUUUUACGUCUACGGGGGCCGUCUCCGGCGGACGAGCAAGUUGGCUCCUGUGAUGGAGGCCGACGAGGACGAGGUCAAACAGGAGUAGCCUCCUCGCCUUCUGAUUAUGACACAUAGAUACUGUUGUACUUGCCAUUUACCACUAUGUCAGCAUUAUAGACUUAAUAAGAUAGAUAGAUACCACUUGUGCGAGAUUUUUGUGGGCUAGCCCGCCCUCAUGACUCCGACCGAACCAGGCAGGCAGGCAGGCAGGCAGGCUAGGCCCAGCCGUGGGCUAGAUAGGUCUUCUCUUCCACAUCGCUCCACUGACUCACUCACCUAUGUAUGAUGAAAGAUCAGUCUGCAUUCUAGUUACGAUGGGAAGACCAAUCACGGUGCAGACUUGAUGUCCAUGAAUGCGGGCGUCUUCAAGCCCAUAUGACCCUAGUCCUACAUGCAGCGAUCGGCACCCAGACCAGACCGAUACCCCCGGCAAAGUCGCUGCUCUGAAUUCCGC